GGCGUUGUGACAUCUCAUCGGCGCUGUUCUCAUCAUCUCAUUCGCUCUCUUUGCCCGCCCUUCUUCUUCUUCAUCGAUCGGAGUGGGGAGAUGGUUGGCAUGCCAUGGCAUUGAGCGGCGUCGAGUCGGGUCGAUUAAAGCGCAGCGCGUGGUGCGAGUACGCGGGCUUGGGCGUGCUUCUGCUGCUUUGCUUUGUCUCGUCGUCGUCGUCGUCCAAACACGCCCGCCCGGUGUACAUUCAGCAAAGCCAGCCCAGCCCGCCUGCCGCCAGUCCGCGCCGCUAGCUGCCUCUCAUCCAACG